CUGAUUCUAUUUCAUCUUUCGGCAGCUGUGCUAAAGCAUCUCGGUGUGGAACUAGCAGGCAGCAGCAGCUGGGCAGGUACCAGGCUUGGCUGUAUUCUGUGCUCCUUUGAUUUUGCUUCUCUCUCUAUUUAAUCAUUCCUUUUCCAGAGGAUGGGCUCUGACUUCCCUGCAGCGUGUGCUCUUUAGAAGUCCUUCUCCCUAAGGAAUCAUGCUCAUUUAAACAAACAAAGAAAAAAAGAUUAGAGGGGGAAAAACAUCCCACAAGCGAGAGGCAAGGAUGGAGAAAGAAACCAAGGCAUCCACCCAGUACGGAUCCCUGGAGUCAACCAAGUGGAAAGCAGCAGAUGCAGGCAAAGAGGAUCAGAUAGUGUCCAUGGCCGACUCCACAACGACCAUUGAUGACAUCGAAGGGGAGCUCUUCAAAAUUGAGAGGAUCCGGGAAGUUCUGGUGCGGAGGGAGUCAGAGCUCAGAUACAUGAUGGAUGACAUCCAGCUUUGUAAGGAAAUCACCAGAUUGAAAAAGGAGUUGCAGAAGCUGAUUGCAGUGCCAGAAAAUAAAAAAUCUAAAGAAGACAAGCAGCAGGAGGAGGAGCUAGUGCAGCAGAUUCACAAACUUGUGGAGACUCGAGAUUUCCUGGUGGAUGACGUAGAAUUUGAAAGGCUCAGAGAACGAGAAGAAGACAAAGAAAUGGCAGAGUUUUUGAAGACCAGGAUUUCCAAAACCUGCCUUCCGAAAACAACUCCAGUAAAAGAAAAGAGGAUGACCUCCAGAGGACAGCAAACCUCUACACCAUAUGUAACAAAGACAGGCCUCACUCUUCUGAAGGAAUGCUGCGGCUUCACCUGCUCGGUCAUGUAGGCUGGGGCUGUUGUCCAUAUUGCCCACCCUACCCACCCCAAAACACAAAAUACAUUCAUGGGCAAGCCCUGCCCUCCCACACCCUGGUCAACUGGAUCCAUUCAACUCAUAGCAGAGUCACAAGCUUGAGGAGCAGGGACAAGGGAUUCUUUUGCAGAUGACAUGGACCUUGCAAGCACAUGCGGAAACUGCUGGGGCCCCCAAGGCAGGGCCGGCAUCCACCCACCUGCCGACCAAAACCAACCCACACAAUCAGGGUGGGCAUCACAAGCAGAGAGCCAGUAUGUGUGCUGCCAAAUGGGAGGGCCAAACCACAGACAAAGAUUUCAGCCUGCUGCCUUUUUCCUACCCUUUAACAGGGCAGACAGGGGGGAAACAGGAGCCCCCAGUCUGGAUACUAUUUGCAGACUGGCUACAGGGUUGUGAACCAGAGAAGGUUUCAGGCAGCAAAAUAUUGUUGCCAAGUGCACACAAACAGAUGCACACAAGCACACACAUGCAGACACAAACAAUAUGGAAGGACCGAGCCCUUCUGAUAGUUUAAAAGCAAGAAGAAUCAGCAGGACUAAUACAACACCCUCUGCCACCCUCCACCCCCCGUCUCUCACACACACAACCCCGGCCUCUCAGUAAUGUGGAUGUUGCUCCUCUUCAUUCCUUCUCUGAUUAGCAGGUUACAUCGAAACCGCCAUGAAGUUACCUAGCAACUGUGGGGCACUGAGCCUUUCACCGUAUCAUCUCUGCGGCCGCUUCCAUGUGCAGAAUGACGGCAGUCUGUUUAAGUUUAUUCUUAAAUUACCGCCCAGCAGCAGUCUCAUUCACAGCUCUUCAUUCUUCAUUUUGUUCAGCGCAAAGACGGGUGGCUAAUUAAAUGCUGCUUCAAACGGUGUGUGAAAAUGGGUGUAAGGAGUAUGUGCAGAGGAGAGACUACCACGUGUGAAUGCACACAUGUCUGUUUUGCUGUCAGCUACACCUUCUGGGAAAAUAGGUGCUUGCAUGGUCUUCACAUAGGAUGAUGUGCAGAGAUAUAGACAUGCAUAGUUCCCCCAUCCCUAUAAGGGAAAAGACACAUAUUAAGCAGCCUGGAGAGUCCCAGAAACAAUGGAUUCCUAAACCAUCCCUAGCAGGACAUCCAGUGUCCUCCUUUAAAUUUCUAGGGGUGGUUUCUACAGCAGCACCUACUGUAUAUUCCCA